AUGCUCACGAGUUUCACGGAGGCGGCGUUCUUCUUGCGAUUCGCCGGGGACUGGGACCAAGUGGCCCCGAGCGAGUCGCACGACUUGUCGGGGCACGUGUACAACGGGACAUUGAUCAAUCUAGACGAGGCGCACCGCUUCCUCAAGAUGGUCGGCCUCAUCCCCGCGCAGAGCACAAAGGGCGGGCAGCGUGCGAAUGAUGGGCCCACCAGACUGACCUGGCAGGGCGAGGCCGGCCCCCUGCGCAUUCGCGUGCGCCGGAGCAGGCGGCGACGCCGGGGCAUGCCGGCCGACGCGGCAUCGGAGUUCAAUAAGUUGAUGCAAACAGGCCACACGGCAAUGACUACAAAGACAGCGGGUGCUUUCGGUCAAGGAAGCGCCCCAACGGUCUCGAUUGGCAUCAGUGGCAAUGGGCACCCUUCCGUCGUUGUGCCGAUGCUGCGAGGCUCCCUCGGCACUGACGCAGUGGCCACGUCGUGCCGCUUGCUGUUCGCGUCGGGUCGCCCUGUGGAGCCUCACUCGCCGCCCCCCGUGCAGCUCGAGGUCGGCGUCGAUGGCGAGGGCGACCGCGAGUUCGAGGGGCUGGGCGAUCAAGCCAGCCACGGCGGCGCGUCGGCCGCGGAGGAGGAGGGGCCGCCGCUGGCGAGCGUGGCCAACGACGGCGCGGGAGACGCCGCGAGGGCGCCGGCGGCGGCGGCUGCGGCCGAGGGGGGCGGCGCGGACGCAGACGCCCAUUUCCUGGUGCCAGGCGACCCGGAGGUCCCCUCCAUGGAUGAGGGGUACGGCGAGGACCAGAGAUGGCGCUUGCGCGGGGUGGGGUCGGCGUGGGCAAGGGCAAGGGGGCUUCGAGCCAGGGUGGAAGGGGCCUCGCCCAGCUUGAAAAAGCUUCCAUGGACUCGGAAGGGGUGUGAAAGGGAUGGGAACUGCGCGUCGUUGAUAGGCUUCCCUCAGGACGGCGCCAUGCAGGAGCACGGCGACGUGUUCCUCACCGACAGGGAGAUUAUGAAGAGAACAAUUUUGCGAGGAGAACCCAUUGUCUUCUGUUCGGAUGUGCGUGGCUCCAUCCGGAAGACCCUGCCGAGCCAGGAGCCAGGCGUUCGCGGGAGAACAGUCGCCCUCCGGCAGCACCAUUGGAAGGCGGUCAUGCAGGCGGGCCUCAGCCAGUAUCACUUUGGCACGUACGACGACGGCUCGAGCGCGGAGGACCAGCCGGGCGUCCCGCGGAUCCAUUUGAAGCUGCCGCCGACCGACCGCCGCGACCUCCACCUGCCAUUCCACAACCGCCUGAUGAAGCUGCGCGGCGUUUCCUCGCAGGCGUACACGAGUGCGAUUGGGGCAAAGGAGACCAG